AUGUCUCCGUCCAUUUUCCCGUCUUAUCUCGUGCCUUCUCUACCAUUUCGACGUCGUAAAUCAAGCACUGAUUCCAACAUCUCCACCUCAAGUACCGCUACAAAUGACAGCACAAGCUCCGACAACUACUUAGAAGGCAACACAUCUCACCUACGGUGUUCGCGCUGUCUAGCCGAUCUAGUAUUGACAAGUCAAAUUGUAUCUAAAGGCUUCACCGGCCGCCAUGGACGCGCAUACCUCGUCUCUGCUUCCGAUAGCUGGAUUCAAGCUGCACCCACGGCAAGCAAGAAAGACACUCUGCCAAAUCUUCCGAAUACCUUCACGCACAAGGCUGUACCUCGGCAGCUUGUCACUGGCGCUCACACUGUCAGCGACAUCAGCUGUGCGCAAUGCGGUAGUGUGCUAGGAUGGAAGUAUGUCGCUGCUGAGGAAGAGUCCCAGCAAUACAAAGUCGGCAAGUUCAUCUUGGAAACCAGAAGGACUUGUCGGAGCAGUGGCUGGGAGGGCCAAGCAGAUGCUGUGGUAGAAGCUGGAGGCGUUGCUGCAAGGAAUCAAUCUCGAGCACUGGAUGAUGUUGAGUUUGACAGCCAGGACGAAGACGAGUGCGAGGAUCUGUUCAUGGGUACAUGGACUCCGCAAACUGCGGCCAGGAGACGCAAANAGAAAUCCUUCUCGAAACAGAGUAGUUGA